GGUAUAUAAAGAGUGAGUGUAUUCACAAAGGAUAUGUUGCUGUUGUUAAAGAUUCGAUUGGUUUAAAAUAAUUUGAAGACUUCAAUGAUAAUCGAUUACUGAGUGCAUUGUAACGUUAUAAUAAAUCUGUACGUCAUGACUUUCUUAAAAGUAUUUCAUUAUUACUGGACAGAAAUGGCCGAUCAAAGAACGAACAAUUGGCUAUUAAUAAAUUCUACGUAUCAAAUACCGUUUCUACUAAUUGCUUAUAUGUAUUUUGUCUUACGAUGGGGGCCUCAGUACAUGAAAAAUCGACCACCAUAUUCGUUAAAAACCUUCAUGAAAUUUUACAACGUUUUUCAAAUAAUUGCGAACGCAUGGUUAGUGUACGAGCAUAUUGCCGCGGGUUGGUUUACAGAAAUAUCCUUAACUUGCGUGCCAGAUUAUUCAUACAAGCCUGGUUCUUACAAAUUGGCUACGAUUAUGUGGUGGAUAUUGCUCUUGAAGCUAGUUGACUUGAUUGAAACAGUCAUUUUUGUAGUUAGAAAGAAACACAAUCAGAUCUCGUUUCUGCAUGUAUAUCAUCAUAUGUCCAACUGUAUAUUUAUCUGGAUUUAUACAAAGUACAUUCCUGGUGAAAUGUCGACUUUCAUCACCUUGCUAAAUUGCUUUGUACACGUCCUAAUGUACAUUUACUACUUGCUCGCUACAUUUGGACCGCCUGUACAGAAAGUCAUUAACCCGAUCAAGCCAUCCUUAACUAUUCUGCAAAUGGUGCAAUUCAUCAUAUUGAUAAUUUAUGCAUCUCAAUCAUUAUUUCCGAGUUGUCCAGUACCAGGUGUUUUCGGACUUGCAUUCAUCGGAAAUAUGAUAAUAAAUCUGUUUCUAUUCUGCAAAUUCUAUAAGAAUAGCUAUAUAAAAUCUAAGAAUACUGUUAAGUUUAAAAAUUAAUUAAACAAAAAAAAAACAGAUGUGCACUAUAAGUAAGUUUACAUGAAUUUAUCAAGAAUUUAAUUUUAAGACAUAACGUCUUCCGUUACAUGUAUUUCGUUUUAUGUUUAAUGCUACAUAUUACGUUAUAGGUAUAUAAAAGUAUGUUUUAAUGUUUUAUUAAAUUCAAGUAUGUUUUAAUGUCUUAUUAAAUUCAACAAUGGGCUUGACAGUGAGUCAAGAGCAAUGUAAUUCCGUGAUUAGAUUUUUUUGAAGAACGACAAUUGUAGAAUGAAAAAUGUACAAAUCACAAUAAAUAUGGAAUGUUUUAAUUAUGAUAAAUGUAAAAAAAAAGUUACGUUUAUCUAUACAUAUAUAGUCACAUUCUACAUCAUCUUUAUUAACCCGAUGGUAUAUCAUCACCAUGAAAAAUUAGAUUUAGAUAUAUUUUAUAAUUGAAAUUAAUUUAUUGCUCUAACAAUGUAUUCAUUAGCAGGAAAAUGAUAUUAAAAAUGAUUUGCAAUUACGCUAGCAUCCUCACAUUCGAAAAAUAUUUAUAGCGACUUGUAAAUAAAAAAAAUAAAUAUACUAUUUGUUUAACUAAUUGCUUAAAGAUCAUUUUCUGUUAAUACGUAAGAGCAAUAAAUUCGCGCAAUAGAGAAAUAAAUUAGUACCGAUUAGUACUUAAUUAUGCAAUAUGUUCGAACCUGAUUGUUUGUAGUCGAAUUACCGGUUUAAUAAGAGUUCCCAUUAUCAUGUUA